AUGGAAGGCGGGGGGCUCGGCCGGCAUUGGGGCAGCUCUCCCGUGACGCUCUCCCCUCUCCCUGCAGAGCUGCGCAUCGGGCUGACGGAGGAGUUCUACGUGGGGAAGUCAGAGCUGCGAGGCUACGGCACCGCCGUCCGCGCCGACCAAUGCGCCUUCCACAGCUCUGUGAAGCUAGACGAGUUCGAGAGCAGCCGCAUCCUGAAGGUCACCCCCAGCCAAGGGGAGCUGCCGGUGAUGCAGUACCAGCUGUCAGACGACAUCCCCUGCGCCCUGCCCUUCCACCUCUUCCCCAUGCUGGAGAGGGACCCCACGGGCAGGCUCCGCAUCUACCUCAAGCUCCGCUGUGACCUGGCUCCCAAAAGCCAGGCCCUGAACGUGCGAGUCCAGCUGCCGGUGCCGAAGGGGGUCGUCAGCCUGUCCCAGGAGCUAAGCAGCCCUGAGCAGACCGCCGAGCUGCAGCCCAGCAUCAAGGCCAUUCGCUGGGUGAUCCCGCGCGUCCAAGGGGGCUCCCAGCUCUCCGCCCUCUUCAAGCUGGAGAUCCCAGGGCUGAGCAGCUCCUCACUGCUGGAAGUGGGGCCGGUGAACAUGUCCUUCGAGCUGCCCAUGCACACCUGCUCUGGCCUGCAGAUCCGCUUCCUGCGCUUCACGGCCCCACAGGCCGGGCUGCCCCACCGCUGGGUGCGCUACGUGUCCCACAGCGACUCCUACGUCAUCCGCCUCUGAGCCCAGCCCCACCGUUGGGUGCGCUAUGUGUCCCACAGCAACUCCUACGUCAUCCGCCUCUGAGCCCGGCCCAGCCCCGCCGCUGGGUGCGCUACGUGUCCCACAGCGACUCCCACGUCAUCCGCCUCUGAGCCCAGCCCCACCGCUGGGUGCGCUACGUGUCCCACAGCGACUCCCACAUCAUCCGCCUCUGAGCCCGGCCCCACCGUUGGGUGCGCUACGUGUCCCACAGCGACUCCUACGUCAUCCGCCUCUGAGCCCAGCCGCACCACUGGGUGCGCUACCUGUCCCACAGCGACUCCCACAUCCUCUGCCUCUGAGCCCGGCCCCACCGCUGGGUGCGCUACGUGUCCCACAGCGACUCCUACGUCAUCCGCCUCUGAGCCCAGCCCCACCACUGGGUGUGCUUGGUCACCCUCAGCAACGGCUGUCUCGUCCACCUCCCCGCCCUGCGUCCCCUGCCCCACAGCAUUGUGCAGCGACUCCUAGGGUGUCCCCUCUCCCAGGCUAGUCACCUCCCCGCACACGGGGCUCUGGCAAUAAACAACUUUAUUUAUGAGUAGAACCAACCCCCUAACCUCUGUAACAGCAGCCCGGCCAGGGCACCGACAGAGCCUGGCCUAGACCCGUCGACCCAGACUCCCGAGGGUGCUCACCCACACUGGGAACCCGGUCCUGUAGCCAGACACAAUAAAAGUGCAACAGAAAAA